AUGGACUUCUUUUUGUGUGCUUCUGCCAAUGUGCAGGGUGUAAUUGACGCUGAGAACGGUCCAGGUCUUCUGGCUGCUCAGGGGAGGCACAAGGGCAAGAAGGAAGGCGCGACGACGCGCACGAGAGCCCUUCGGCCGCGCGCGCCGUCGAACGACGACAACAUCCAGAAAGCGCAGGCCGGUGCGGGUGAGAAGGAGACGCAGGAUGGUGUAACGGAAGUAUGUGGUGAGGUCGGUGCGGGGUUCGAGGGCACGACGAAGAUCGGACGCAUCGUUCUUCCCGCACCCGCUGAGUCGCCAGAUGACGUGUGGCGUUUUUCGGGCACAAGUGAAGACAGUGUUCGAGAACUGGUGAAGCAAGGCCGUGCUGCCGAGGAUGCUCCAACCGUCGUUGCCGCUGAGGGCCUUGUUGCUUCUGCCGCUGCUGCGGAUGCUGCUUCUGCCGGAGUGGGGGUGCACCAGGGAAGCGGUUUAAACCAAUCCCUGCCGAUGGAUGAACCAGGAGGUUAUGGAACGCGGACUGACGCCAUGAUCCAUGCGGGAACGCCACUGAAGACGGAUGCUGGCGGCCUUGAGGCGGUCGGCGAAGGGGCGGCGAUGCAAGAGGAGUCAGAGGAACAGGAGCACCAGGAGGGGCAUGGGGCGACGAAGAGGCGGAGGAAGAAGUCGUAUUGGAGCCGCAAGAAGAGGGCACGCGGAGAGCGGAAUGGAGUGGCGUCGUCUCAAACGUCUGGAGAGAGCGAGGGCAGCUCGGCGAGGGUGGGCGUGGCGCGGAAUGUGCGGGAGAAGCGCGACGGCGUUGCGGAGGUUACGCAGUUCGAUGACACCACGGCGGUGGGAGAUGCCGAUGGAGCGGUGGGAGAUGCAUAUGGAGCGGUGGGAGAUGCCGAUGGAGCGGUAGGAGAUGCCGAUGGAGCGGUGAGAAUGCAGGGGAACGAAGAGGUGUUGGAGCGAAAGCGAGGAGCACCGUUUGGAAGUAGCGCCUGGGAAGACGUCCGCCAGGAUGCAGUGACUGCGCGUGUCGAGGGGUCGCACGGUGAGACAGGCGCUGAACGCACUGCUGAUGACGAAGGCGGCAUGCAGAAAGACGACGUUGCCGUGCUGGCGGAUGCCGGUGGGCGGGUGCCAGGUUCGCGCAAGAAACGCAGGAAAUUGGGUUACCGACCGUUCCUUGCUGUGAAGGUUGAUGCGGGGAACGAUGGCGAGGUGAAGCAGGGCGAACAGGCUAUGGAAGUGCAGGGAGAGGGGGAGAUAGUUAAGGGGAUGGUUGAGGGGGGAGGAGAAUUAGGACUGGGCAGCACGGAUGUUAGAGCAGUGGAUGCAGGUGCGGUACAUGAGAGUCGAGGGCAUAGACAAGGCACGGAGCAGGAGGAAGCGCGUGAGGGGACGGACGAGGAGGAUACGAAUGUGCAGGAAUUGUGGGCCAGCAUGGCUGGACUCGCGACAAGCGAGGCCUUGCCUGAGACUGCAGGAGAAAUGCCGCUCAGUGACGGAAGUGCAGGCGAAGCUAUCGGGGGAUCGGCUCCUGAAGUGCAGGAUAGUGACGGGUCAGGGUCAUGGGGGCGACGUGAAACCAGGAGGCGGGCAACGCGGAAGGCGCCGACGCGCAGGGAGCGGAAGGGGAUGGAGGGCGCGGGGCAGAGCGGUCAGAAGAGGAAGAGCCCGAGGCUGAGGUUGGGUGACGUCGUGCCUCCACCGCUGCCUUCGAUUCCAGAGGAGGGAAGCGGAGAGAGGGAUGGGUCUGCAGGGAGCGAACGCACACAAGGUAACGCAGGCGGGGCAGCAGGGGGAGAAGAGGAUCGGACCGAUACUGCAGCAGCAGAGACAAUCGUUUUAUCUCCUGAUCUGGGUGGUGGCUACGGCAGGUACGGCGGUGAGCAUGAAGAGGAGAUAGGCGAUGCGGGAGAAGGAGAGGGGCAGGGGGAUGCGGUGGUAGGCGACACCGGGCUUCACGCGGACAGCCUUGCUGAAGCUCUUGCUGGAGGCGCGCUAGGUGAAGGUGGGGCAGGGGACUCACGCGAUGGUGCUGGAUCUCGAGUCGUUGGAGGGAAGAAGGGCAGGAAGAAGGGCAAGAAGGGCAAGAAGAAGGUUAAAGGGAGAAAGCCUUCACCUGCUGUGACUGCUGCUGUCGCCGAUGCCGGUGCCGGCAGUGUUGCUGGCGAUGCGGAUGAAGCACGUGGCGAGGGCGCAGAGGGAGAUGGCGUAGAGCUGGUGGUGGAGGAGGAUGACGACGUGCAGGAGUUGGAGCAGCAGAACAGGGAGCUGGAGGAGAGGAACCAACAGCUGGAGAGCGACCAGAUGGAGGAGAUAGACAGCGCCAUUCAGCAAGUGCACGAGCGCUCGCUGCGCCACGCCCGAUCGUGUAAGGCACUGUUGGCGGAGGCGCAGAGGGAGAACGCGGAGAUGAGGCGCGAGUACAUAGAGCGCCUGGACCUGGACGACAUGCACCGCACCAUGCAGUCAGUGCCUGCUCGCCCCCCGCUCACUCACCGCCCCCUCGCUCACUCGCCUCUCGUCGCUCAAUGCAUGCUGCACGUCUCUCAAGGCAGCACCCACCCGUCGGUUUAG